GUGUAUUAGGCUAGGUUUGACUCAAUACCUGCAUUCUCGGCUUCUGAGUGGACGGGCUGAGGCCGAUUCAGCUUUUCCUUCGCUCAUGCACAAGCAGAUGCGGCGCGUUGAUUUGCUACUUGAGUUUGCGGGUGCGACUUCAAGAGGAGAAGCCGACUUGUCGAUGGGUCAUUGUUUGAACUGUCCAAGCUAUGACUGCAUCGACUGAUUCCCAGCAUGGAUGGGCCAGAAUGCCUCCUCCCACCUCAUUGAAUCGUAAGGUCGGAACUAAUCAAGGACUGCGGGCGGAAACACAAUCUACACAUGCCCCAAAUUUAUUAAUUGAAUCUGUGCCGCGACUUCAAUCUCUCUGCCAUCUCUGCAUUUCAUCAGGCGUGGGCAGAAUCAAUAAGGGCACUGCGCAUAAAACAUCCUCGAGGGGAAAAAACAAACCAAAAAAAAAGAGGGUCCGCAUCCAAGCAGCUUACAACAGUAUCUACUCCGUACUCCGGAGCCAAUACCAGUCAAUACCAGUCAAUACCUAUGUUUCUUCCUUCCAUCCCGGAUCAAGCGGUGAUCCGAACUGCAUAGUACGGAGUAUACAUACCACAUACAGCACACGUGGGGCUUGUUGUUUUACUCUCCGAAUCCCGAUUCACUAGAUUCAUAUUGUGCAUAUGGCAUGCAUUAUCGACGGUCCUAAUCGUCAUUCUUCGAUCAUUCCCGCCAUUCGACCCACGAGGGGUUCGAUUUCAGUACAUUCUCUCUAACAUGCAUCGCUUCCUCUUCGAAGCCUUGGAAAGCAUUGUGGUAAGACAUUUAUGCAGGCGGUAACAUAAUCCAGGGACCCCGAGGUCGGUUGGUUUCCCCCUUUUCCUCGAUAGUGGUAUUGAUACGGUAA